GGCAAAUUUUUUUCAUUAGUACUGUCGUUUUCGCUGAGUUCUUGACAUAGAAAAUGCUCAUUCUAAAACUUCUUUUUUUGUAAUUCGAUUCGUGACGCAAGGAAUAAUUUUGUUUACGAUUAUGCUCUAACCUAGAACAAUGCGGUAACUUAGAACAACUUUUGAUAAGAACUCAUUGAUUUGAUUGAGUGUCACCUUUUCAGCUUUGGGUUGAUAGAAAACUAAAACUCUUGCAAUGCUGCCAGAGAGAUAAUAUUUUGCAUGACAAUGCAAAGAUGUUAAUGGGUUUAAAAUUUGAAAACCUCUAACCUUCGUGUACGUGACAUCAAACCUGGUUUCCAGGGUUACAUUUAUUAAUAAUCGAGCCGGGAACAGUUUACUUUUGUUAUUCAUAAUUCCGUAUGAGGACUUUGUUAUCCAAUGAAAAAAGAAAACUAAAAAGAAAAAAAAAUGCAAUUAUGUUUAGAAACAGUUAAUGCGAAGAGCUGUCAAGAAGGACGGAGUCUUCAAAUAUCACACAAACUUUUAAAACGUUCAAGUUCGGUCAUCUCGACUAAUGUUGUCUUAAAACUGAUUUUGAUAACAGGAGAGAGCGCUCUCACCAAAAUAGCCGCAGGCGAAAUGGAAAGGUGGCUAAGUUUCUUCGGUUGGCUCUUUUCAGUUUCCACAGCCGUGGGAAAUGGCUUUGUGAUCUUUCUCGUCGCCAAGAAACCCCAACUUCAUUCCUCAGCCAAUUGGUUGGUCGUUUCCCUGGCAGUGGCCGAUUUUGUGAUCGGGGUUUUCGCUUAUCCACUGGCGUAUUUCUGCACCAGCUUGGGGUGCAACUUCAAAUUAUACACAGCAUUUUUCUGGCUCUUUAUUCACUCUUCGGUAACGAAUCUAUGCGCACUGACUUGGGAUCGUUACUCCGCUAUUGUUCACCCCUUCAGCUACAACACUUCUGUGACUGAAAGACGUACAAAGACUGUUAUCUUGUCUGCUUGGUUUAUCCCCUUGGGGAUUUCUCUGACUCUUUUAGUGGGUUUAUACGUUACGAAGUCCAGCACCGCGCUAAUAAUUCUUCGCUUGACAGGUGUUUCGGCGUUUGAUCUAAUCUCAUGUGCGUUGCUCAUGUAUGCAGUCGCUCGUAUACUCAAUGUCGCACGUAUGCAAUCUCGGCAGGAAUCCUCUAUCAAAAUACAAGUACAGUGUACCCAAACAUCUUGUGAAGAAACAAGUUUUCGCAAACAUCAGAAGCAGAACAAAGCGCACUUUGUGAUUGCCAUCGUCAUACUAUUCUUGCUUUGCCACUUAGCUGCAAAUGGUAUGAUUUUGUGGGUUAUGUUAUCUAGUCGUGUUUCAUAUGAGGCUGCGCAGGGAGUCACUCUCCUGCUUGUUAUCAACUCCGCGGUGAAUCCGUUUGUUUACGCGUUUUUAAAGAGCGACAUCAAGCUCGAGAUAACAAAGCUAUUCACUAAAAAUAACUUUCGGUCAGCACGAUCCCUGUCCAGUUCUACCAGGACCUCUAGUUCACCUGACCAAGACACGUAAUGAAUAAAUGUAGUUAAUUUUCUUCAUUGCCUGCUAAAAACAAAAAUCAUCAUUCAGUGCACUCCCCUGGUUUAUCAUAUACUAAAUCACAACAUCUGAUGUCUAGAAAUAAAACAAAAUGUUAAUCAUAUACCGCUGUAAGUGGUGUGGCAACUCGGAAAAUAAAAACAAAACAACUGGUAUUGAUAACAUAUCAGGCUAUUUAGAAAAGUCGGUCAAAUAUUAUUGUGACUUGUCCGACCUUUCAAAAACACGCAUUACUGAGAAAAUUUAACUUGAAUUAUAAUUCCUAUGUGCUCAUGUACUACUGAGAAACGAACGAUGACAGCGUUUUCCCUUUCCAUGUAAACGUUUAUUCCACGUUGCUUUUUUGACGCUAGAGCGUUCAGGCACGUUUACACCACUCGAAGCAAGUAUCACUGUGAGCGGCAUUCUGACAAAACGUACAUUACCUUAAUUCACUUUUAAGGUUCGCGUCCUUAUUAGGAUAUCGGAUUCAAUUCUUUCCCUUUAUAUUGUCUGACAACUUUACAGAGGUUAAAGACGAUCACAAGCACGAUUCUAGAGCCGUCCUUAAAAACUUCACUUUUCUUGAAAUAGGUUUUCAAAAUCUGUUCCUGAUCCAUUAUCAUCAUCACGACAUCCUACAUCAUAUUUCCUUAUGACGCGUUCGAAUCAAAUUGCGGGGAAUUCGAUUUACCUUUUUCAGACCUCAGGUUUUA